AUGUCGCUUGCAAUGCUGCUCCCAUGCAGCGCCAGCAUCGAGUGCACCGACUGCGGGCAGCGCCACGAGCAGCGGCAGCUGCUGGCCGUGGAGGAGGUGACGGACCCCGACCUGGUGCUGCACAACCUGCUGCGGAGCGCGCUGCUGGGCGUCAGCGGCGCCGGGCCGCCCCGCAGGACCACUGAGCUCGUCAAAGUCAUGGGCCUCUCCAACUACCACUGCAAGCUCCUGGCCCCCAUCCUGGCUCGCUAUGGCAUGGAUAAGCAAACCGGCAAAGCCAAGCUCCUCACUGAGAUGAACCAGGGUGACAUCUUCGACUGUUCCCUCUUGGGCGACCGCGCCUUCCUCAUUGAGCCGGAGCACGUUGAAACCAUUGGGUAUGGAAAGGACCGCUCUGGCAGCCUCAUCUACCUGCAUGACACUCUGGAAGACAUCAAGAAGGCCAACAACAGUCAGGAGUGCCUCAUUCCGGUCCACGUGGAUGGAGAUGGCCACUGCCUAGUUCAUGCAGUCUCACGGGCGCUUGUUGGCAGGGAGCUGUUCUGGCAUGCUCUGCGAGAGAAUCUGAAGAAGCAUUUUGAGGAGAAUCUGAGUCACUACAAGGCGCUCUUCCAUGACUUUAUUGACGCAGCAGAGUGGGAGGACAUUAUCAACGAAUGUGACCCUUUGUUUGUUCCUCCAGAAGGUGUGCCGAUGGGCCUUAGAAAUAUUCACAUCUUUGGUCUGGCCAAUGUGCUUCACCGGCCUAUCAUCCUGUUAGAUUCCCUGAGCGGAAUGCGAAGCUCUGGAGAUUAUUCAGCUACAUUCCUUCCUGGGUUGAUACCCCUAGAAAAAUGCAUGGGAAAAGAUGGCAUGCUGAAUAAACCGAUCUGCAUUGCAUGGAGUAGCUCAGGACGUAAUCAUUAUAUUCCUCUAGUUGGAAUAAAAGGUGCUGCUUUACCUAAACUGCCUAGGAAGCUACUUCCUAAAGCUUGGGGAGUUCCUCAGGACCUCAUCAAAAAGUACAUCAAGUUAGAGGAGGAUGGUGGUUGUGUUAUCGGAGGAGACAGAAGUUUGCAAGAUAAGUACUUGAUGAGGCUCGUUGCUGCAAUGGAGGAGGUUUUCAUGAGUAAACAUGGUAUUCAUCCCAGUCUUGUAGCCGAUGUACAUCAGUAUUUCUACAGAAGGACUGGUGUGAUAGGAGUUCAACCUGAAGAAGUAACUGCAGCUGCCAAAAAAGCGGUGGUGGACAACCGCCUUCAUAGAUGUCUAAUCUGUGGGGCUCUUUCAGAGCAUCAUGUCCCUCCAGAGUGGCUGGCACCAGGGGGAAAACUAUAUAAUCUGGCAAAAAGUACCCAUGGUCAGCUAAGGCCUGACAAAAAUUAUAGUUUUCCCUUGAACAGCCUGGUGUGUUCUUAUAACCCUGCAAAGGAUGUGCUGGUACCAGACUAUAGCCUAAGUAGUUUGACUGCUUGUAACUGGUGUCAUGGUAACUUAGUGCGUCGUGUCAGAGAAGAUGGAUCUGUUUUAUAUUUGGAUGGAGACAGAACUAAUACUAGAUCUACAGGUGGCAAAUGUGGCUGUGGAUUCAAACACUAUUGGGAAGGUAAAGAGUAUGAUAAUCUCCCUGAAGCUUUUCCUAUUACUCUAGAGUGGGGUGGAAGAGUGGUGAGAGAGACAGUCUAUUGGUUCCAGUAUGAAAGUGAUACGUCUUUGAACAGCAAUGUGUAUGACGUUGCGAUGAAACUCGUUACCAAACACUUCCCUGGCGAAUUUGGUAGUGAGAUUCUUGUUCAGAAAGUUGUCAAUACAAUAUUGCAUCAAACUGCCAAAAAGAACCCUGAUGAUUAUACCCCUGUAAAUAUUGAUGGUGCUCACGCUCAAAGAGCUGAUGAUGUACAAGGACAAGAGCUAGAGUCACAACUUCCAACCAAAAUUAUUCUGACUGGACAGAAGACAAAAACUUUGCACAAGGAGGAGUUAAAUAUGAGUAAGACUGAAAGAACUAUUCAACAGAAUAUAGCAGAACAGGCUUCUGUAAUGCAGAAACGGAAAAGUGAAAAACUAAAACAGGAUCAUAAAGGGCAACCUAGGACUGUGUCUCCUGGGGCUGUGCGAGAUGGGCCAUCGUCUGCUCCUGCUACACCAACAAAAACCCCUUAUUCUCCAACUUCUACAAAAGAAAAGAAAAUUCGGAUAACAACAAAUGACGGGAGGCAGUCGAUGCUUACCCUGAAGUGCACAACCACAUACUUGGAACUCCAGGAAAGCAUAGCUAGAGAAUUUAACAUUCCUCCUUAUUUGCAGUGUAUUCGCUAUGGUUUUCCUCCUAAAGAGCUUCUGCCUCCCAAAGAAGGCAUGGAGAACGAACCUGUCCCUUUGCAACAUGGCGAUAGAAUUGCUAUAGAAAUUCUGAAAGGUAAAGAAGAAGGCAGUCAGUCUACUUCAGCACACUCAGCCCAUGCCAUGAAACAUGAAGAUGUUGCUGUGACUAGUAAAAUCUCGUCGAAGGAACUGCAAGAGCAAGUUGAUAAGGAGAUGUAUUCUCUGUGUCUUCUAGCAACACUGAUGGGAGAAGAUGUUUGGUCUUAUGCAAAGGGGCUUCCGCAAUUGUUUCAGCAAGGUGGAGUAUUCUACAGCAUAAUGAAGAAAACCACAGGUUUGGCUGAUGGCAAGCACUGUACUUUUCCACAUCUGCCUGGUAAAAACUUUGUGUACAAUGCAGCAGAAGAUAGAUUAGAGCUGUGUGUGGAUGCUGCUGGGCACUUUCCUAUUGGUCCUGACGUUGAAGACUUGGUUAAAGAGGCCUUAAGUCAAGUACGAACAGAAGCUGCUUCAAGAAGCAGGGAAGCAAGUCCUUCUCACGGCAUGCUGAAGCUGGGUAGUGGUGGAGUAGUGAAAAAGAAAUCUGAACAACUGCAUAACAUAACUGCAUUUCAAGGAAAGGGCCAUUCUCUAGGAACUGCAUCUAGUAGUCAACAACAUGAUCAAAGAGCCAGGGAAACACCACUUUUAAGAAAGCAUAGCACAGAAACGGACUUCAGUCCUUCUGCUAAGAUUGAGCCUUCUAUAUUCACAGCUGCUUCUGGUAACAGUGAGCUUAUCCGAAUAGCUCCUGGAGUCGUGACAAUGAGAGACAGCAGGCAGCUUGACCCUACUUUGAUUGAGGCACAGAGAAAAAAGUUGCAGGAAAUGGUUUCUUCUAUUCAGGCUUCCAUGGAUAGACACUUGCGGGAUCAGAAUACAGAGCAGUCAGCAUCAGUUGAUCUAUCUCAAAGAAAAGUAGAGGCAGUGAGUUCAACUGCUAAAACUGGGAGCUUUCAGGCUGGGUUACCCGAAUCGUUUUCUGUGCCAGGUGGCACUGAACACUUGAAUACCAAAUCAACUGAUGGUAACAUGGUGAAUUCUGUGGGCACAGCAUUCUCCGCAAGGUCUAAAGCACAAAAGGGAAAUUCUGUUGAGGAGCUUGAGGAGAUGGAUAGUCAAGAUGCAGAAAUCACUAAUGCAACUGAGCCAAUGGAUCACUCUUGAUAGGUUAAAAUCUAAUAAGGGUAGAAGAAAUUACUGUUCAAAUGUAAUGUUUAUUGGCUGGGCCACACAAAGUGAUUAGUUAUUAAAUCUUGUAUGUAUGUCAAAGAUUAUAUCAUCUUAUUCAGUGCAUGAUAAGCAAGUGUGUGAUUGGCAAUAGCUUUCAAUAUUACCAUACUGCUGCCCAGGCUGGCUCUGUUACCUGUAAAUUAGUUAUUAGGAAAUGCACUGAGAUGAAUAUCUGCUGUAACUGUGGGUUAUUGAAAGUUCUUUGUAAUUUGUAAUUCCAUAAAAGUCUUAAGAUUAAGCCCAUGUGAGAUUCUUACCAUGCUAGUUCAAGGUUACUGGAAAGGUUAGAACAGGCAAAACUAGAAACAGGACAAAGUUAAACCUGUCCCAGAUACUUAAUUCCACUCAAAAGUAUACUAUAAACUUGAAUUACACAUAAAUUUCCUGAAGCAACUCAAAUUAAACUAUGCGCUAAAUCUUAAAAACUUUAAUUACGUUGUGCUGGCGCUUCCUCCGAUUUAAAAACUUUUUCAUUCAUACAACUGUAUGCGCUUGUCAGAAAUCUUGGAAUGACUGUAACUGGUGAACUCCAAUUUCUGCAUAUUGUCAGUUUAAGCAAGUUAGAAAAAAAGGCUACUUAGUGUAUGAUGAAGAUAAAGUGAAUGUGGUGUGGUUAUGCAUGGCUGUCUAAGCCAACACAGCCAUUUUGGUGCUCUGUUAGUAAGUGAUAGCAUGUUUAUAUCUUCUGCAGAGUACUGAGCUGGUCAGAUGUUGUGCAACUUUUAAUACAACUACAGGAGAGAAGUUGGCAAGUGGAAGGAAAAAACAAGCGUUCAAUAGCAAAUCCAUUUCUUUUUUUUAGAAGACUGAUUACUAGCAUUGGUCAGUAAAGGCAAGAGUUACGUAGUAGCUGUCCUCUUCAGAGCAGAUUAACCAUUUAUUGGAAGGAAAUUGCUCUGUAACAUACAUUAUCCUAAAGGGUUCAGUGAUGGUCAGGUUUUUGGAAACUCACUCUUUAACUCCAUGGAAACAAGGAAUAUAUGCUGUUUCAGUGUCUGUGAGACUACCCACUACUAUUAGCUUCACUUCAGUUCGUGAGCAGGUUUUCUGCCUCCGUUAUAGUAUAGCUGGUAUCCACUUAAGUAGCGUGUUCAUCAGACGUGCAGUGCUAGUUCUUAAGAGCAGCCCUUGUGCUCGCUCCCUAAAGAUGGAAUGUGUAGCUGAUAUUGCACUUUGCUUCCUACCUUCAUAGUCAUAUUUUAAGUGCACUAUUGUUGCUUCCUCUAAUGGUAAAAUAACAUUGAGUGGAUGAAAGUUGUUAAUACAGCUUCAAAGGAAUUCAGAGCAUUUAAAUAUUGAAGUCUGUGUUUGUGCACAUGUGAAUUUUUAAUCAGUUCACAAAUGUUGUUUGUAUUGUAAAUGUUUGUAUUCAGAAAAGUCUCCUCACUUUUUACAUUUCUAAUCACUUAAACAGUUCUAAGCAUUAGUAUGAUAAAACGUCCCGUGAGGGAGGAUUUAUUUUUGUAUGGAAAAUUAACUGAAGCAAGUCACUUAAAGAUUAGCCCCCGUUUCGUCAAAGCAAAAUUAAAAUUCCUCUACUGGAUAACUUUUUAUGGAGCGGGAAUAAACAUUUACUGAUUUAGUACGCUACUUAUGGGUAGAACAUAAGAAUCACCUUUUCACAAAUAAAUGGAAGUCUUUAACACCUCCCACUGCUAACCUGUGAGUUAGCACUUUGGAAGCUUGGAAGGCGUGAAGUAAUUUGGCGCACUGAAACUGACCUUGCUGAUGCACUGAUUAACUGGCAGCGCUUAGUCGGGGAGCAGCAGGAUGCACAGGCAGCAGCUGGAGGCCUGCCAUGACUUCUGAAAGCAUUUAGUCUCCCAUGCAUCAGUCUAGCUGUCUGAAGGCUACUUCUGUACAUAACAUCUUGCGUAGAAGGCUUGUGCUUUGUCACAGUAUGAGGUAUUAGAAAAGUUAGCGGUGGCAUGUUCCUGGGAAGGCGUUUAAGUGAGCAGAGGCUAAAGAGGGAGGAAUCACCUGCGUCUCUUGCAUUUCAGACAAGAUAGCUAUCGCUCAGACAUUUUUAACCUUUUCUUUAGCAAAAGGAGAAGACUUUCUCAGCUGAACAAAUAUGGGCAGUGUCUAUGAGAGAAGUUUAAGUUUGAAAUAAAUUGAAAUAUUUGUUGCACGUCCUCCUUCCUCCAGGAGAGGAAAGUUACCUCUUUCUUGCCUUUCUGCGAAGACGACAGAAGUUUUUUGUGUGCCUUUUACUGUGUAAAGAGGAAGGCUUGGUUCGAUUUUUAGCAUGCUUCCCAUUCCAGCAGUAAUUUGAUGUUUUCUGCCUUAUAUAAAUAGAAAUAGAUGCAGAUAAUAGCUCUGUGUUUUGACUCCCCAUUAGUAUCCUAUCUGGGAUCCACUCAAAUCAUGUAGAUCAGAACUCUCCAGUUCCUAAAACAAAAUGGGCUGAAAUAGGAAUAGUAAAAUGCUGGCAAAAUUACAAGGUCUGCUGAAAUGAAUACCUCUGGUGUAAUGCAGGAUUGUGCAUAUUUAUUUGCAGUGUUCUUAUUUCACGUAGCUUUCUCAUGUGUUUAAAUGUUAACAAAAAAAAUUCUUUUGGAGAAAGGUGGCUUUUGGUACUCUUACGUGAUAAACCUCAUCUACAUGCCAGAGAGAUGUGUAACUACAGGAGAAGUGAAAUAAAGAACACUGAAGUGUCAGUUUGAGCAGAUGUUUCAUUUGGUUGCAAGCGAUGGACGCAUACGUAAGUUGAGGUAGAUCUCUGUGCCUGUCUUUCGAGCGCACGUGUGUUUGCUAGAUUGCCCUGUUGGAGUCAGGAAAAUGGUGGCGGGGUACAUGGAAAGGGAGGAUGUUGACUCUCGUGGAGGCGAAGCCCCUCUAACUUCUCAAAUGGUGUGAAGAGCGAUCUAUACCUUUUUCAAGAAAACCAACUUGCUGCAGAAUUGCCUCUGUGGACUUAGGCUGUGGCUCUGAUUUCUUCUGAGUGCCUGCCACCUUCUACACAGUUCUCAUGACAAAGAAGACUUAAAUUCCUUGAAAAUCCUAAACUUCACUAUGGCUUAGUGCAUGUAACCUAAAUGAGAGAUGAUUACUGAAAAUAGGGGCCCAAGGCAGAGAAAGGAGAAGGAACGGGUGAAUAGCUAGAUUGUCAAUAAGUAUAUGUGAAACCUCAGGAGAACAGUCAGUUUUUCAGCCAAAUGCAAGAUUUUAACUGCUUAAAACGGCUGCCUGAUUAGUAAGGCUGAGUAUAGUAUCUUUUUGAUACUGCUCGUUCCCUGGGAUUUGUUUCAAUUUCAGAGAAUGAAAAGAGAUAGCAGCUUUACAAAUAUAAAAAAUAUUUGGGACAUCUUCACUCUCCUAGUCACAAAACAUCGAUGUAUAUUGUUGGUUUUUCUGACUCCCUUAAAAGUUACUGGUCUUCUACUAGAUAGAAAAUAGGAACUAGAAGGUCUUCAGAUCUAAUCACUGGGGAAAUUAAAGGUGGUCCUCACUUUACGUAUUUGUGUGGUCUAGUUGUUCUACGGUUUUAAAACUUCCACAUAUCAAAUAGAAACAUAAAACAGUCCUUUACAAGGCUAUAUUUAGGUAAGGCUAUGUUUAUAGAAACAGGCUUGUUUAGACAUUGCCUCCAAGAGGAUACUCUAGCAGCUUCACAGAAUUACAGUGCCCCAAGGCUAUAUGCUAACAACCCUGUACCACGGGCAUAUUUUCAAGACCAAAGUGCUUAAUUUAAAAUCUUUCUAAAAGUAGAAGCUGUUGUCAGUGUUACAAAGUUAGCAGAGUUCCCUCCUGUUUUUUUUUUAUUUUUUUCCCCCCAAUGUGCUGAAAAUGUCAGGUCAUAAAAUUUAUAAUAUGCUUAGAACUGGGAGAGCUCUGCAUCACCUGAGCUGUAGUCAAAAUGAAUGACUAAAGAAGAUGUUCCUUGUUUGGCCCCCAUUUUUCCAACAGUGGAAUCUACAUGCUUUUGUAAAAUAAUAGUAUGAAGUUGAUCCUUCUGUUAAAAAACAUAACAGUAAGUGGUUUCUUUGUUUUGCUUGUGGAUAUCAGUUUACCCUCUUAAAAUUGAAGGAGUUGCUUAAGAUCUGUAGAAUGCAGGAUUCCCUCUGAGCCCUUACGCCUGUGGUUGAGCAAUAAAAGGUUGAAAUGUGAUUGGUAUUUUCAGAAUUAUUUUACUUUUAAUGAGGAUUAUUGCCAAGAAAUGAAAGAGUGCACUUUUAGGAGGGAAUGCUAUUUAAAAUGUAUAAAUAAGAAUUGAUAGUGUAUAUAUUUAGAAAACAAAUCUUUUUAAACAGUAAGUGCUUUACAUGUUGAAAUAAAAAUAAAUUAGCAUAGAAAUUAUACCAUCUUCACAGCACUGGCUGUUAUUCAGCACAGUUUGGUUUGUUUUAUUUGUGAUUGCUGUACUAAUUAUAUUUGAUUUUUUUAUCUGUAAUGUAACAAUAGUGUAUUAUAACAGUAUAUAGUGUACUAUACUACACUUCACUGUACAGUAUUUGGAAUUUUCUUUGAUUGCUAUAUUAAAACUAUAAGUUAAAACAUC